AUGCACCAAUGCCAACUUGAAGUGACUCAACUUCCAGAUUGUCGCUAUGAUAUUGCACGUGCAUUGGAGAAGUGGGGAGGUCUUCAUGAAGUCUCCCGUCUUCUGUCGCUUAAGGUGAGGCAUCCUAAUAGACAGUCGAGCCUUGCGAAAGAUAAGAAAAUUGAUUAUAUGGCAACUAGAGAUGUAAAUGGUGAAGAGAAGACACCAUCUAAAACUUAUGUUUCACAAAAUACUGAGCAGUGGCUCAUGAAACUAGAGGAAUUGGACAUAAAUUGGACUGAAUAA